GUUGGGGUCGUCCUUCGUCGGAGCGGCGGUCUCCUCGGUUUCCUCACCAUUUGCAAAGCGACUGCAUUGCCUGCGGACGCUUUGGGAAGGCGGCUAGCUUUUGCGAACGGCCUUGUUGGUUUCUGUUUGGGUUUCUGCUCGAGCAACUGUGCGUCGCUUCGUGCGUGGAUGUGUCUGCUCUGAGUGUCGUCUGCUACGCCUCCGACGCUACUUUGCGUGAAGUGCUUGUUGUGAGUGACGUUUGUUUGACACCGGAGAAAGUGUUGCACCGUGAUUCGGAUUUGACUGAUGCAUUCGAUGCUGUGAGGCCGUUCAACAACGUGAGGUCAUUGUUAGACUGCCGCUGCUAGUGAACGACAAAACUGCCUACAUUUGCUAUGCCGGUGACUGACUCAGACGGAAAUGAUGUACAAUAGCAUCCCAUCCAGCAAGAACAACGCAAUGUAACGCUAUGUCUUCCUCUGACAGCACCGUGCCAAGCAGGCAGCUCAUACAAGCGCGAAGUCAUGUACAUAAGGAGCUACGAGAACUGACCUUUCUGCGAGAUAUGCCACUUCUGAACCGCACCGAAACCAGUUCACUUGUGAAGCGGACAUCAGGAGGCAGAGGAGGGAGGCCACUUCGCGCUGCGGCGUGGUGGGCAUCCUGGUAGUGGUCAAGUCCGUGAGCAAUGCCCGAGGAUGCUGUUGAGCAACGGCGUGGGCACUGGCCAGCGAAGGGAAUCCACCAAUGGAGGGGGCACUGGGCUGGCCACCGGAGGUGGUGGUGGUGGUGGUCCUCUGCUAGAGACAACCACAGUAAAAAAGGGCCUCCUUUGGCAGCAGUGGGACAAGUUCUUCAGCCGAUGGAAAGAGCGAUACUUUGUGCUCACCAAGGACUACUUAGCGUGUUUUAAGAAAGAGUCCAAGGUCGGAACCUCCGCGAUGGGCGGAUUCCUUUACAAGGUGAACUUGGCAGACGUGGAAGGGUUGCAGUGGGCAGACAAGAAGCGCACAGGAGUUAUCGCCCUCCGUGUUGGUACGGAAGGCCAGCUCCUGCUGUGGACGAACUGCGGCCUGGACGACUGGAUGUUCGCCCUUAGAGACGCCAUCGGUCGGAGUAAGGGCCGGAGGGAAGCGCUCAGAAAGGCGCACACACUGGGGCCCCAGUUCUGUGACAGCGGACUCACCAAAAGGCAAGCCCUCCUGCUGCAACAUACGCUCUCGGACGGCCCCUCGCCGUCGUCUUCCGUGCGGACAUCGACGUCGUGCGAGCUGCGCAGCCUGGGCCAGCGCACGCCUACGCCGAGCCUCACUCGCCAGGCGCAGCGCUUGUCCGUGGCGGAGAACGGCCCGGCCACCAGUAACGGAGGGAGCCCCGCGCUCAUGGCGGCAGACUACGACACGAGGUCGGCGCCCUGGUCCACGCCACUGGGACCUCGUCUUGCGCCUCAAUGCGCGGGGUCUUACAGCUCGCUCGUCUCCUUGGGACAGAGGUCGCACCGGCCGUCGCCACGCUCACUACAGGUGUCGCCAGCAUUAGCCCAGCGCUCCCUGUACGCCCAGCACGUUCUCAGUUCUCCAGAGGCCAUGCUGGGCCAACGGGUGCGCGGCGGGGCCACGGCUUCGGCGACACUCGAGUUCUCCUACAUCCGUCCAGACUCCCCGGUCACUUCGGGAGGCCGUGGGGGCCGCAUGGUGCAGAGCAACACCUUGGACGGCAGCACGCCCUGCCAGUACCAGCGCUCUCAAUCCUGCAACCCGUUCAUGCAGCUGGGGGAGCAACACAAGUUUCUCCUACAGCAGCACAGACGAGGAGAGAAGCGUCAGAAGCCAACUCCCUUUGCCUUCCAAGAGCUGCGAGGGGCCCUACCCGACGGCCCAACGCCCCCUGGAGGAGAAGAUCCGAGACCGUCGAGCAUCUACGGACAGCCCUCGCUAACCGUGGAAAAAUCCGCCUACUCUGUACAACCCCCCGACGUGAUCCCCAACCACAAACAGCAAGCUUCGUCCAGGCUGGGCAAGCGCUCUGUGAAAGCAUACACUCACUCCAAGUCAGACUCAUCGUUUGUGCUGAGGGCAAACGGAGGUGGACACUUAGCCGUGACUUGAGCUUGAACGUUAAGCGCAAACAAGUCGGUCCUAGGUAUCUCAAGCCCCACCCCCACCCCCAUCUGGCUAUCCAGCUCAGCCUCUCGUGGAAGAUACGUGACAACGUGAUUUUUACGGAAACUAUUUUUAGCUGGUUGUACAGACUGAUCGGACGGUGUUGAUCCUCAUGAGCUGUGUAUAGCAACACUGAAACAUGCCAAGCGUAUACAUAGUCUUCUCUUACAGCUAAGAGCGCAAGCUGACUGAAUUUGAAGGCUGCGGAACCAAGCCAGAGCCCUGCGCAGUUCCGGCUUCAGACGGCUUGCGGCUGGCGUCGGCUGUUUCGACAUACGCGAGCGCAUUUGUCGUGCGAUGCCCUAGUGUAUUUAUCGGACCUCUUAUACUUUUUUCCCACCAGUCUCGAUUAGGGGGAGUCUAAGCCCUCGAGAAGUUUGCCGAACGAGGUGUUAAGUGUUCUUGUGUGACACGUCUCGUGAUUGGAUCCUGAACUCCGAGUGGAACUUUUUUCGUACUACGUAGAUGGUAGUACGCGAUUGCGGCCCAGCCUGUCGUGGAAGCAGACGUCCCUCACGAGGGGGCGUCCUAGUCACGAAAGAAAUGCUGUCGAAAGCGAGGAAUAUCCGACAUACCUUGUUCCCACUUUGCGAAUGCUGCGCCUUUUUGAGCAUGUCUAUAUAGUUGAGAGCCCCUGAAUGUUUUUUUGAUGGAACAAAAAAAAAAGAUGUGUGUGUUUAGAAGAGUUUGAUCCUCAGAUUGUUGCGAAAAAAAACAAACAAAAAAACCAAACAUCAAAUUGUAACACACUGUGAUAUAUUGUUUUCUAGCUUAAGUAACACUUUUUUUUCUUUUUAGGUUUAGUCACGAUACAUAUAUAAAUAGUUUUUGUGGCUUCCUCCUCCAUCCUGUAACAUGUCUGUGCGAGCAUUGCGUACGAAGACCCUGCUAAAAACGACGUGCCAGUGUUUUUAGUCUCUCGAACGUUAUCGCCCGCCUGUCACUGCCAAACUUUCUCAAAGUUGUCAAUAGGUCUGAGCUAGAUUUUACACUUAAAAAGGAUCGUUUUUAUCGCGAUACGUCAUGGACACCUUGCGCGACACAAAGGCAAAAUGUGCUCCAAUUUUGUAAUAUAUACACAUUGAAUCCCCCCCGCCUCGAGUGACAGUAGGCGCGUAAUGUGGUGUACAUUUUAAUGUAGAUAUUUGUGCUUCGAAUACACAAAAGACGAAGAACAUUGCCGCUCUGACGGACCACGAGAUUUUGGUUGUCAAUCGUCAGUCCCUCAUCGUGAUCGUUAAAUGCAGAUGAACCACCGUGUCUGCUUCAUUCUAAAUUUUGAAGCUGAAACUUGAGUAUAGUAAUGUGCUUCAUCACCAUUUUGCUGAAUCUCAUACUCCAUACUGGAGGUUUUACGCAAUCAACGAAAAUUGUGAUGAUGAAAGAAUGCAUUGAGUGUUCAAAGAGUUCAUGUUCUUUAGCCGGGACCCAAGGUUAUGAGACAUUGCAGCCAGGUCGAGAAAGAUGAAGGCUCUUGAUGAGCAUGAUGAAGAACACGUGUGCAUGCACACCCAUGUAGUGCUCAUUUGCUGCUCCUUAUCAUUGGAAGUGAUUCGUACCUGAGACAAAUUGGUACCCAAAGUAUCCAUGUUCACAAAAAAUAUUAUAUUUGAAGGUGUCAUUAUGAUGCCUCUUUCUAAUUUAUUGUGUUUGUCAUUCAUAAAUAGAGCCUCAAGUUUUCGGGAAAUAUUUUUUCUAAAUUCGGGGGGUAAAAAUCGGGUAAAUAAACAUGCGCUCUAAAUUUGUGGGAAUUCGGGUGAAAAAACUUCCAGUAUGCUAAAUUUGGGGAGAAAUCGGGCUCAGUUACUCAAACUAACUGUACUGGUUUGGUACAAACGGUGAUGUAACUGCAUUUGCCGCCAAACCAGUAAGUUAAUGCGUUCCUACAGACGUCUCAGGGAGGGCAAUUUGCCCGGUACAAAUCGGGUUUCACUCUAAAGAGGGAACCCUCAAUUCGGGGUUCAAAUUCGGGUAAGAAUUGGGUUAAACCCUAAAACUUCAGGCUCUAUUCAUAAUUACAUAUUUUAUUUGUCCUUAUAUGAACUACAGUACCCAACCAUCAAUGCUGGGUGUUUAAGUAGGGAUAGUUGUGACAGCGGGCAUCAAAAUUAGUUUACUAAAAGUCUGCAAUCGGUGUACCAGUGCAUUGAAUGCAGCACAUUGCUGUAUUCUGCAGCAAUACAACAGGCGGCAAUAAAAUACCCUACCCUGGAAUUUUAAUUGGAAUUUAAUUUGAUGCCUAGGCACCACACAGGCUCCUGGUUCAGAGAAGAGCAAUUAGGAUGCAUGUAAAUAAGUAUACAAACUGUGACUAAUAUUUGUCUUAACUGUGUGAAUUGUUUUAGGUGUUUUACUAUUGUAGCAGACUUUCAGGGUGGGCAUGGCUUUGGAAGUGACAUUGUACUUCGAACCAGAAACACAGACCUAGUUCUAGUCAUGCUGGAUUGUGAGUGCAUGUGUUCAGAGUUCCUAAGCAGGCGUUCGGAUAUUUUGACAGAUUAGAGGGAAGUAUAUAUUUGAGUGAAGGUAUUUAUGGAGGUACGACGAGUCUUGUGUUUCCUGUUAAGAGGAUCCGUUCGGUGUUGAUAAAAAAAAAGGAAGCGUGUUAUAGUGCCUCUAACAGAACAGAAAAUGAAAAUAACCUGUCCUAUUUUCGAAUUCUUUUGUAAGGAGAUGUAUUGUGACUGGACAAGUUCUCACUUCUUCUGGGGUUUUGAAUUCUGAAGCGUUGAAUAAAGCUGAAUUUCAACCAC